AUGACGACCAUGGAUUUGCGUGUCGGUAACAAAUAUCGAAUUGGCCGCAAGAUCGGAAGUGGGAGUUUCGGUGACAUCUACCUCGGCACCAACAUCAUCUCUGGCGAGGAAAUCGCGAUUAAGCUCGAGAGUGUCAAGGCUAAGCACCCCCAGCUGGAAUAUGAAGCCCGUGUCUACAAGUCUCUCGCCGGCGGUGUUGGUAUUCCAUUCGUCCGCUGGUUCGGUACUGAAUGUGACUACAACGCCAUGGUGAUUGAUCUUCUGGGCCCCAGUUUGGAGGACCUUUUCAAUUUCUGCAACCGCAAAUUCUCUCUGAAAACAGUACUUCUCUUAGCAGACCAGCUCAUCUCCCGCAUUGAAUACAUUCAUGCCAAGUCCUUCAUCCACCGUGAUAUCAAGCCUGACAACUUCCUGAUGGGUAUUGGUAAGCGUGGAAACCAGGUCAACGUGAUUGACUUCGGUCUGGCCAAGAAGUAUCGUGACCCCAAGACUCACUUCCACAUUCCCUAUCGCGAGAACAAGAACCUUACUGGCACGGCCCGUUACGCCAGUAUCAACACCCACCUUGGUGUUGAGCAGUCUCGCCGUGAUGAUAUGGAGUCUCUUGGAUAUGUGAUGCUUUACUUCUGCCGUGGUACCCUUCCCUGGCAAGGAUUGAAGGCGGCCACCAAGAAGCAGAAGUAUGACCGGAUCAUGGAGAAGAAGAUGACUACGCCGACAGAGGUUCUGUGCCGUGGAUUCCCCAAUGAGUUCUCGAUCUACCUGAACUACACCCGCUCCUUGCGUUUCGAUGACAAGCCCGACUACUCGUACCUGCGCAAGAUCUUCCGCGACCUGUUUGUCCGCGAAUCCUUCCAAUACGACUAUGUGUUCGACUGGACCGUCUACAAGUAUCAAAAGAACGCUGCGAUGAUCGUCGAUGCUAGCAACAAGAAGGACAAGGAGGCUGAAGAUCAGCAGCGCCGUCAGGUCCCUGGAACCGCAAUGGCUACUCCUGGCGCCGGCGCCGCCAAGCCUGGUGGCAUCUCAAGCCAGCGCCGCAAGGUCAUCGACCGCGGAACCCUUGACAACACUCCGGACACCAACCGUGCCGUAGGAGGGAGUGAUAGGAUGCUGCGUUCUGCUUCGAAGGUUGCUGCUUCAGGUGCUUAUGGGCCUGCCGGUAGCCGCGCGAAGCGGGACGAUGGGUACGGUGCUCAGUGGUACUAA